UUCAUCCGGGACAAAAGCACGAGGGCUCUUUAAACAUCAAUGGGACAAUAUAAUUAACAAUAUAGAAAAGUUUUUGAUGUCUCCAGAUACAACUCUUCUAUCUUCAGAUUUCGACUCCGUUUCAGCUUCAGCUAAUCAAGAUAUGGAACAAGAUGGACGAGCGGAUGACAUCAGUCAAUAUUUAACAAAAAUAUUGAAAAAUGUAAACACCGCAAAAAAAUUAUGCGAUGCGAUAAUGACAGAACGUGAAAAGUUACGCGCAGAGGGAAAUACGAAAUGGAAGAAGCGGUCUCUGGAGUUGGUGAAAAUAUUCCGGGAACAGUUCCCAGAUGGCAGGAACCUCUUCAAAGAAGAACAAACCGAAUACGAUUAUAUUAUCAAGUUUGUCUCUCGCGUCUAUAUAAUGUUGUUCAAAGAUAGAACACUUUUGAAAUGUAACUGGGGUGAAAAGACCUUGCGUUGUUCCGCAAUUCUACUCAACCGUUCACUAAAAGAUGAUGAUAGAAGGUGUUCCGGGAAUAAGAUAGAUGCAAUUAUGUCAAUUUUGGAUAUUGGCUUAGAAUUCUCGACUUUAGAAGUCUCUGGAAGUCCAUCAAAACCUGAACAUACUCACUUUGCUGGGGAUCGGAAUAAAACAGCGAAGAUGCUCAAAAUCAUCUUGAAUUAUAUAUACAUCAAAUACCCAGGCGACUUCGAAAAAUUUAGAAGAAUAAAAGUGUAUGGUGUACAAAUUUACGAUCAUAACUUAUAUAUAUAUAGUAUGUGCAUGCCAUUUGCUGGAAUUUACUAUUUUAAACUUGAGAAUAUGUUCUCCUAUCCAACAAUUACAUUCUUGAUUUUCAAAGAGUUGCCAAUUUUCGCUUCAAACCUAUGGAUGUUGCGGGACUUGAUUACUUCAAGUUUUAAUAGUAUAUUGACGUACAUUACAAGUAAUCCUUUGCAAAUUGAUAAUGAUAAUAUCAUGAUUGCAAAUGUAGAAAUCUCACCUCAAAAGAAGAAACAUAAUUAA